AUGGCGGGCCGCCCCAGGCUAGGCGCAGGAAGCCAUGGCUCACUGGCCUUGCUGGUCGCGCCUGAUAGGCCCCAUGGAUGCAAGGGCGUAAUAUCUAUGUCGUUGAUUCUUUGGACAGAGAAAAGGAUUAGAGAUCUGAGGCAAGAAUUCCAGACCAUUAUCAAGGACCCUUUGAUGGCAAACAGCAUAAUCUUUGGUAUUCGCAAACAAACAGGAUCUGAGAGGCCAAAGCGAGGAGCACUGGAUGAGGUUAGUGAAGGACUGGGGCUGCAUGAUCUUAGGAACAGAAUAUGGCACAUACAGGGGACCUGCGCACUCCGUGGUGAGGGAGCCUACUCGGCCCAGACUCGACUGGCUUGGUCCACUCUGAAGCAGUUGCAAGAGUCGGGUCAUGCAACUUCAGUUGCUGGCCCUCCCAUCUAA